AAGAGACCUACACUGGACAGAAUGUUCGCUUCGACGUCACAAAGAAAUGAUGAUGGUUUGCGGGCGUCUUACAAUAUCUCGUUACUUAUAGCAAAAUCCGGAAAACCGCAUACUAUCGGAGAGAAGUUAAUUUUGUCAGCCGCUGAAGAGGUUUUAAAAACUGUUUUACACAAACCUGCAUCUGAUAUCAUUAAAAGAAUUCCCUUAAGCAACAAUACUGUUGAAAGACGUAUUGAUGAAAUGAGUUCUGAUACUGAAACCUUCUUAUGUAAUUAUUUGCAAACGACCCAUUUCUCUAUACAACUGGACGAGUCAACUUUACCUGAGAAUGCAGCAUUAUUAUUGGCAUAUGUUCGUUUUAUUAUGAAUCAAGAAAUCUACGAAGAACUGCUCUUCGCAAGAACUUUGAUAACCGACACUAAAGGUGAAUCAAUAUUUCAUGUUUGGAAGGAUUACUUCAUUGAAAAAGCUUAA